CGUUUUCCAGUGUAGUGCGUUCAUUGAUUUCAUACCAAAGUCAUACUUAACAUUCCACUUACACUGUCAAACAAGGAGAAAUAUUACUGAAAACUAUAAGGCGCCAAAAAAAUAUAUAGUAUAAAAAUAAGUAAGUUAUCUUCGCUUUUGUCAGGAGGGGUGACUUCUAAAAAAAAAAGCUGCUUGGAUCCUGAUCACUUUCCUCCUAACUUGUUCUCCAGAAGAAUCAAGUCUUUACAUACCCGAGGAUUGACAGACAGAAAAAGGCAAAUUGGAGGAAUACAUAACUCGAUAUUUUACGCGCUGUUUUACUGCACCCCAUAGAUCCUCUGACUGUGGGGCUCGUCGUCGGGCCCAGGGGGAGCCGCCACCAUUGCUUCCAACGAGUGGAGUGCCAACGGUAGCCCGGAGGAUGGGCUGGAAGAGGGGAACGAUGAGCUGGACAAGGCCAUGGACGGGGAUGCCGAGGGGGUGUGGAGCCCAGACAUAGAGCAGAGCUUCCAGGAGGCCCUGGCCAUCUACCCUCCCUGUGGACGGAGGAAGAUCAUCCUCUCAGACGAAGGCAAGAUGUAUGGUCGUAAUGAGUUGAUAGCUAGGUACAUCAAGCUGAGGACAGGCAAAACCCGCACCAGAAAACAGGUAUCUAGUCACAUACAGGUGUUAGCACGGAAGAAAGUUCGAGAAUACCAAGCAGGUAUCAAGGUUUCUAGCCAUUUGCAGGUUCUCGCCCGGAGAAAAUCUCGCGAGAUCCAGUCAAAGCUGAAGGCCAUGAAUUUGGACCAGGCAUCUAAAGACAAGGCCCUCCAGAACAUGGCAGCGUUGUCGUCUGCUCAGAUUGUGUCUCCGAGCCUGAUCAAGAGCCAGCUACCCCCACUGCCCCACUCUCCCUACCCCCCGCAAGCCAGGUUUUGGCCAGGCCCUAUCCCAGGACAACCUGGCCCCUCUCAGGAGCUGCUUCUAGAGCUCAACCCGGGAAGGAUUCCUGGGCUUGGCCGCAACAGCUAUGCUAUCAAACCUUUUGCACAGUCCCCAUACCCAAACCUACCAGGCCCUGCCCCCCCACCUAUAUCAACCUAUGAACCCUUGGCUCCCCCCCUCCCCCCGGCUGCUACGGCAGUGCCCGUGUGGCAGGACCGGACCAUCGCCUCCUCCAAGCUGCGGAUGCUAGAGUACUCUGCCUUUAUGGAGGUGCAGAGGGACCCUGACAAUUACAGCAAACACCUGUUUGUCCACAUUGGCCAGACCAACCCGUCCUACAGCGACCCUCUGCUGGAGGCAGUGGACAUCAGGCAGAUCUACGACAAGUUCCCAGAGAAGAAGGGCGGACUCAAAGAGCUUUAUGAGAAAGGCCCACAGAACGCCUUUUUCCUAGUCAAAUUUUGGGCGGAUCUCAACAGCAGUGGAAUGCAGGAUGGCCCAGGCUCCUUCUACGGAGUCAGCAGCCAAUACAGCAGCUCUGAGAACAUGACMAUCACCGUCUCCACCAAAGUCUGCUCCUUCGGCAAACAGGUGGUCGAGAAAGUAGAGACGGAGUACGCCCGGAUGGAGGGAGGGAAGUGUGUCUACAGGAUCCACCGCUCUCCCAUGUGCGAGUACAUGAUCAACUUCAUCCACAAGCUCAAACACCUGCCAGAAAAAUACAUGAUGAACAGUGUUCUGGAAAACUUCACUAUACUUCAGGUGGUGACAGACCGUGACACUCAGGAGACCUUGCUGUGUAUAGCGUUUGUGUUCGAGGUCUCAACGAGUGAACACGGGGCACAGUACCACGUCUACAGGCUCGUAAAAGACUGACCCACCCACCGCUCUAACACGUCUACAGGCUCGUCGAAGACUGACCCACCCACCGUUCUGCAGGGAGGUUUGGGAAUCAGCUGACGAAGCACUGCGUGACAAUAUGUACAGUACAGACUGCUCAACUGCCAAGUAACAUUCAAAUCGACGUUAGAAUGAACUGACAUGAAAACAUUUUAAACUUCCACACAUUUAUGUGAAAUAGGAAAAAGGAGGAAGUCUCAAAAGACAAGAAAGGAAAUUAGGAGAAUUCAUUGUUUUGUUUUAAAGGCAACUUUUUAACCCAUAUAGUUAAAUAUGCUGAGACAAGUGGGUCAAAUUGGUAAUGACAGUAAAUGUACAGUAGGUUGAGAUUCACUGAGGGCAUGAGAAAGUGAACAAGGUUAAGAGCGUUGUCUCCAUGGGAACACACUCUAAGCAAUAUAAGAAGAAGUGGAUAGAUUGGAAUGGUACAGGUACAACAACCAUGGAAGAAGAGCAAACACAAAAUAAUCCAAUCGUAGAAGGGUCCUACCGAGGGGUGUUUAUAAAUUAGAUAGGAUGGCAACCAAGUGCCUUUCUCCAAAGACAAGUAUUGAUCAGUUGCCAGCCACUCUGGAAUGCCUUAUUUACUACCUCUUGUCUUUAAAUAAACAGAAAGAAACCGGACAGAUGUAAAUGCAUCAUUGAAUAGGAGAAUAGGAAACUGAACAUGACUAUGCAGUUCAUCCUUUCUCAUCUAGAUCCUCGAAGCGCACUUCUGAUCCAGGAAUAUUAUGGUAUGGAUUAAACUAUUAUUCAUUUUUCUCGUGAUGUGUUAUCAUGAAUGGUUACAAGUUUAGCUGCAGUCCACGUGUACAGCAAGGGCAUAGCAUGAUCAGAUCACUCAGUUUCCAAUCCCUGGGCUUUUACGGGUCUCUAGACAACAACACAUCAAUGUGCUGUGGUGCACUUAAAAGAUCAAGAAGGGGUGAAGCAACAAAUAUUUUUAUUUUCAGCCUUUAGUUAUGUUAUUGAAAUGAACCGUUUCUGUACCGGGAGUCAGUGGAUGCUACAGGAAUAUGUGUUACAUAGGAUUCUUUUGGGGACGUGUUUAUAUUUGUGAUUAACAUUAACACUGUUUUCUUAAAAAUAUGGCUUGAGAAUCAAAUCAAAUUWAUUUUAAUUUAUUUGUCACGUGCGCCGAAUACAACAGGUGUAGACCUUACCGUGAAAUGUUCACUAGAUUAGAAUUUGCCGAAUUGGAACUGACCAAAUUUUACAGUGAGUUUUAACUAAUGUAAGACCUCAUGGUAUUCUAAUGCAAUCUCCCCAUUCAUGGAUCCCAAUUGAUGGAUAUCACUUUCAAUCUGGAAAGGCGGCAGGUAGCCUAGUGGUUAAGGGCGUUGAACCAGUAACCGAACGUUUGUUGGUUUGAAUUCCUGAGCCGGCACGGUGGRAAAAUCUGCUGUUCUGCCAAUGAUGUUGCUUAAGGCAGCCCCCCCCCCCACACCGCUCUGAUUCAGAGGGGUUGGGUUAAAUGUGGAAGACACAUUUCAGUUGAAUGCAUUCAGUUGUACAACUGACUACGUAUGCCCUUUCCCUAACCCUACAUGGUGUAAGAUAAGUUUCUCUUUCCUAAAUUGAAUUAAUAAAAACAAAAGCUAUCUCUUAUUUUAUGAGUGAACCUUCAAAUUAAUCUUAAUUUGCCAAUGCGAUCAGCCAAYGAAAAACAGAUUUUAUGUUUUGAAAGAGAGCUAUCCCCUGUGCUGUGGUGUGUGACCAUUGAUUGUUAUUUAUAUUGAAAAGAAUGGUGGGAGGGCAGGGCUGGGCUGGGAUAUGGGCCAUAUGUGUUUAUCCUUUGCCAUUGAAAUGGUGGUGUUACAAGUAUUGCUGAGCUGAACUUUAUACUAAAGACACAAUAACUGUCAUCCCCUAGCUAUGUCAUCCCCUAGCUAUGGUCUCUGCCUUGGACGGUUCACUGGACUUCUGUCAUAAGAAUUCAUACAUCAGACUUUGUAUGGUGGAUUUAGUACACCAGGAUUUGAAUGUCACACUUCAAGAGCUAGACUUAAAACAACUGCUUAAUCUUUACUAGUGGAUCUCUCAAUUUUAUCUUUUUUUACAGGCCCGUGUUUUUUAUUAUCAUUAUCAUAAUUAAUUGUUUUCUGUUAGUUUUUGUGACUUUCAGCAUCCGUUGAAAACGUUGUGUGUUUUUGUUGACAUUGAUGAUGAGAUACUGUAUCUUAUGUAUCAUAAUCUGAAUGGUAUGGGCAAGUUUGUUUGGUUAAAAGGUGGUUUAUUGUGGCCUUGGUUACCAAUUGUGCAUUGCAUUUUAGUAUUUUCUGUUAUCUUCAAACUAAAGGGGUUGUAUUAUAUAAUCAAAUCAAAAUGUAUAAUCUAACAAUAAAAGACGCAUGGUGCCUUUGGGGCCAUUUUCCCCUGAAAACUCAUUAAAACAGGUUUGUUCAUUUGA